GCUGCAGGUACAAAAAUACACUGUGCAUGUGACAAAUAAAUCUUAUCUAAUCUGUAACUAAAAUUUGAACGAACCAAGGAUCUGUGGCCUGUGAAUUUCACGCACGGUGACAAGGAAUUUACUGAAAUAUAAAACUGAUUAUUUCUCUUUUAAACACAGCUUCAUAAUCUUUUGCUCUUCUGUCUUUGACCAGAGUGCGGCAGUAAAGCGCGAAUCCUGAGUGGUCACCUCCACACCACACGGCCCACACACACAAAGGCGGUUUUAUGUGGGAAGAUUUUAUUUAUGUAUUUAUUUAUUUAUUUUAAGGAGAUGUGUGGAAAUCUGCAAGAAAUGUUUCACCUCACCAAUUAAAUGAACAUUCUGCCACAUCUCCUUAGAAUAUUUUCUUAAUAUUAUAUUAUAUUACAUUAUACAUACUAUUUUUUUAUUAUUGUAACUGUCUUACACUUAUUUUCAUUUUAUUUUCUGGUAGCAAUUUCAAGUCCAACUGAGCUAUUGUAAACAAGAACUUUCCCUUGUGGAUCCAUAAAAUCUAAGUCUACGUUGAAAUGAGUCUAAAUGAUUAUGUCCCUUUUAUUUGGCCAACAAAUAAAAUUCACCAAACUCAGGGGUUGCAAUAGCCACUUUGUCUAUUUUUCGUUCGCCUUCGUUUUCAUUAUAUUUUGAAAAAAAUAUAUAUAUGUUCAUUUUAUGAAAUCUCACAUUUGCACACUGUGUGUUCAAGUUGCUGUGUCGUGGGCCUUUAAGGAAUCAAAAUUAAAUCCCGUGUACGUGUUGUACAUGUCAGAACUGACAAUAAAGCUGACUUUGACUCGACUUGACUUCGUUAAUUGCUGCUCGGCUAAUUAAAAUGUGGUCCUGGACCGCUGGGGAGACGGUAGAAGAGGAAAGCUGAACAACUUUCAGUCUGCUCGGCUAUUGGGUGAUGGACCGUACUAGUGCCAAGCAACGGUGAGGGCGAGAGCGUUCAUCCCGCCUCCGACGGUCCAGUGCCGCGUCUCUAAUUGGACGCCGGGCCCGUCACUCCCAGCCCUCCCAGGUUAGGUUGCUCUGCGCCGUGAUGCUCAACUGAUAGGCGUACUGGGCUGUUCGCUGAAAGGAGAGGUCCUUACGCGUUUUCGUUGUAGCGAAACAAAACCAUGUUAUCUGCUAGAGGGCUUUCUUUUAUUUUGCAGAAAGCUCUGGUCCGCGCGCUCCAGCCUUCCCGGAGCGCGGCUGUUUGUUUCUCUCCUCUCUCAAUGCGCUCGUUGACAAGCGCGUCUGACGAUGCUAUUGCGGCGUUUUAAUGGGGAGGGGGAAAAAAAGAAGAAGCUCCUGUUAGAAUAACAACACAAGGCAGAGCAUCGCUGCUGGCGACACGCACCAGUGUUUGUUAGUUUCACCCGGGUGAGGUUGUUCGCUUGCGAUCUUCCAGUAAGCUGGACUCGGACGAGCCCAGGUUACUUUGGGAGAAAUGCACCUGCCGUGAAGACAACGGAGCGACCGGAGCACAUGGACAUCAGUCCCCGGGACGUGGAAUCGCACUGUCGCGUCUGAGCGCCCGGUCACACGCCGCCAUGGAGCGUUCACAGUUUUUAAUCGUUUGAUAUCUACUCACCGCGGGGUUUCGAACCCACCCGGGGAUGACAGCUGAUCGCCCCUCCUCUCCCGUGCACUUGAAAUAAAGACGCGCUCCGUGUGGAUGCCCUCUGUUGGAGUCACCGUUUCAGCUGUGUUUAACAAUAGAUGGAGCGCGGAGGUCUGUGACAUUUGGCUCAUCGUCACCUCAACCUCUCCCUGGUCAGGUUACCUCCCUCCACAGUUUCCGACACAGCUUUCACCAGCGUCACAUUUCACCGACUACCACCACCACCACCACCACCACCACCCCCUCUUUUCUGCUCAUUUGGAUUGAUUAAAUUCACGCGUCCGUGCGUCUGAUCACUUCUCCUCGCGGAAACUCAAUUCCUCCUCCUCCUCCCGUUCUUCUGAGACUUGGCGCUGGACCCACGGCCGGGGAUGAUCCCUGAGUAGCCGAUAAAAUAAUCAGCGCCUCGGUGUCAGCGAGGGCUCGGGCUCCAGGGGAUUUGUGUAGAUUAACGCCGGACUGCUAUUUUGCUCCCUCGGUGGCGCUCUUAGCAGAACUUAGCGGCUUUUGAUCCGCAGCCUUUUCCCUGCUCUCUCGGCCGCCUGCAAACUCCUGUUUAAACAGCUGUUCGCACAGGAGCGAGAGGAGCCGGGCUGCAGCUCGUGAGCGAUGACUUCCACGGAUGCGCCUGCACCCAGACCUGAGGACACGACGAGCUCGGCGUCGCUCUCGCCCCGUGCACCCACGGGUACGAGGCGCGCUUCGGGGCUGUAGGUAACGCUCCCUGUUUACGCGCAGCCUCGCUUGGGAUGCCCUCGCUGUGACUGUGACUGUGGAGCCGCGAUCGAACACGACACAGCAGCGAGAGAUCUAGCCACAGCUUCGACCACAAACCGGGCACCUUACCGGAGGAUGUUUCAGCGAGGAUGCUGCGCUUCCCCGUGAAGAAGAUCCGGAAGCAGUUCAAGCUCCUGCUGCUGCUGGUGCUGCUCACCUCCGCCGUGUGGUUCACCUACCUGCACAUCAACCAGGGCAAGACCAUCAAACUGCACUUCAACUACGGAAAAGAUGGAGAGAGACAGACGGAGGGGACGGACGCCAGCCGUAAGAGGGACACUCGCUCCUCAGCCGGACACCACAAGAGCGAGGACACCAGCGACAGCAGGGAGGACGAGGCAGCAGAUGACGAGGCGAUCACGGGAGGGGCUGACGGCAAAGACCAGACCCACAUCCGCAGGUUCCUCAGUCAGCACCACAAGAAAUUACCAUGGAAACCAGAGUAUAAGGGCCAGGCCAACCUCCACGUGUUUGAGGACUGGUGCGGCUCCUCUAUAGCCCAACUCAGGAAGAACCUGCACUUCCCUCUCUACCCUCACACGAGAACGACAGUGAAGAAGCUGGCAGUGGCUCCGAAGUGGAAGAACUAUGGCCUGAGAAUAUUUGGCUUCCUUCACCCUUACAGAGAUGGUGAUUUCCAGUUCUCGGUAUCAUCUGAUGAUAACUCUGAGUUCUGGCUGAGUCCGGAUGAGAACCCCCUCAACGCCAGACUGCUGGUCUAUGUAGGACAGCUGGGUACAGAGUGGACAGCUCCGGGCGAGUUCAGCAAGUUCAGGUCCCAGUCCUCCAAGUCUGUGCACCUGAUCUCAUCCAGACGAUACUACUUUGAGAUCCUUCACAAGCAGGAUGACAAGGGGUCGGAUCAUGUGGAGGUCGGGUGGCGUCCGUUCCUCCCCGGUCUGAAAUAUGAAGUGAUAGACUCGGCCUACAUCUCCCUGUACGCAGAUGAGUCCAGUCUGAAGAUGAACAGCGUGGACCACAUCCCCCAGACCUUGGCCAGUCACAUCCGUCUCCCGGGGGAGUUUCAGCCCCAGGGUCCGGAGGGAGGCGGCAUCUUGCCGCAUGGAGCAGAUAUGCUGAAGCCCGAUCCCAGGGACACCUUCUACAGCACCCCUAUGAUUGAUCCUGCUCGCCUGGAAAACGUUCUUCCGGCUUGUCUCUACUCGCCAACGUACGUCGUCAAAGAUUUCCCCAUCGCCAGAUACCAAGGCCUGCAGUUUGUCUAUUUGUCUUUCGUCUACCCCAAUGACUUCACACGUCUCACCCACAUGGAACGGGAGAACAAAUGUUUCUACAGAGAGUCCCCUAUCUACUUGGAGAAGUUUGGGUUCUACAAAUACAUGAAGAUGGAUGAGGAAGAAGACGACAGGCCGUUCUUCUUCCCCAACCCAGAUGAUUUCCUAGAGGAAGAGGAGGUGGUGGAUGCAGAGGACGAGGCGGAGAUUGUCGGCACGCAGUCGCCCAAAAAGCCCUCCCAUCCCAGCCACACGGGCCACACCUCGAACCCCUCCCAUCCGCACUCAAAGCCCGGGGCCACGCCAGCAGGUGGGGAGAAGGAGGAAGAGGAGGAAGACGAGGAGGAAGGAGCGGUCGACAGUAUCCGCAGAGAGAGGAGAAACUUUCCUCGCAGGGAUAAACAGAUGAGCCGGGAUCUGGACAGAGACUGGGGACGAGAUCACACCAGGGACGCAAAGAACGGACUCCAAGACGCCCCAGCUAAGAUUCUCCAUCCAGAUAUGGACAGCGUGGUCAGGGGUCGCUCUCUGGUGUGGAUCCAGACCGCCGCCGCCGCGGAUCUGGACCCCGUCAAAAAAGGUGGAGGAACAGGCGUCGUAGAAGGAGAGGAGGGAGUCGAGACACGACAUAAACUCAUCAAGUCUUCGCUUCAUUUCCCCCCGAAGUCGUCUCUCUCUGCCCUCGCCAGCCGGGCCAGGCAGAUCCUCAGCAACUCCGCCCACAACAACAACGAACACAACAGUAAAGUGGGCGGGGUCAGAAAGGAGAAGAGGGAGGAGAACAAGAUCUACAUCACCCGGCCCCGGCCUGCGAAGGAAAGGGAGAGGGAGAGGGAGAGGGAUCAGCGGCGGGAGAGGAGGGAGGAAAGGGCGUAUCGCCACCCGAGGGAGGUUUUCCCUGGGGUCUUUUUGUACCAAACUGGGAAGACGACUCGCCUGGUAAACCUGGGUACCAAGGGACAUGUUGGAGGAGGGGUAACAGGUGGUAGGAGCCUGAUUGGUGCCCCUCAGCUCUGGCCCAACCCCCCCACAAAAGAAGGUAAGACUCAAAACGGGACCACGGACAAUGAAAGAGUUCAGAAACCUGCCAACAAGGCAGCAGGGGCAAAUCAGCCAGAGAAGAAGAAGAGGAAGCGGGAGCCCUGGGAUUUAAAGGCUACCGAUCUGCCCGGCAAAGGAAACCCUUUAAUUUCCUAUCGCCAGGCCCCCCCUUCUUCCCCCGCCACCCCGUCGAGGUUAAACUCCACAGAGAACACGGUACAAGGUCAGCCACGGGUCACCUCCUACCUCAGGACCUCAGAGAUCACAGAGUCCCAUCAGCAGCCGGACCCCAACCCGCCAGACUUCGACCGAGACACGAACCGCUCUAAUCCCGACCCGGACCCCGACCCCGAGCCAGAACCAGAGGAAGGUGAAAUGUCGGACUACAGCUACGAGGAGGUGGAGGCUCGGCCAGGCUGGGCGGAGGAGAGCAUCAACUGGCAGAGGACCUUCUCCGUCAACCCCAUGGACUUUGAGCUGCUGCGCUCGGACUGGAACGACCUGCGCUGCAACGUGUCCGGUAACCUCCAGCUGGCAGAGAGCGAAGUGGUGGACGUCCUGGCUCAGUACAUGGAGAAACUCAAUGAGCGCAACGGAGGGAUCUACACGCUCCUUCGAAUUAUCAAUGUCGAGAAGCGCCGCGACUCUGCGCGAGGGAACCGGUACCUGGUGGAGCUGGAGCUGAUGGAGAGGGGCCGCAGCGUGGUGCGUCUCUCGGAGUACAUUUACCUGCUGCUGCACCGCGGCAGACAAGGAGAUGAAAGUGUGGAGAACACCGACUCUGCCCCGGCCUCUGCACCGGCUUCCCCUGCCGUUGCCCCCGCUGGCGCCGCCGCCGCCGCCACGCCGAGCUUCACCCCCCCGCCUCCACCUCCCUCUACCAGGGCGCCCCUCCGGCCUGGAGCCACGCCCUGGAGCACCGCCUAUGCUAAACCUCUGCUUUGCCAGCCGGUCAUGCUGCAGUGGAGGCGAGAUGUCAUGGUGCACUUCGUGGUGCCAGUGAAAAACCAGGCUCGCUGGGUGCAGCAGUUUAUCUCUGACAUGGAGAACCUUCACCGGCAAACCAAGGACGACAACUUCAGCAUCAUCAUCGUUGACUUUGAGAGCGAAGACAUGGACGUGGAGCAGGCGCUUCGAGAGAGCACCGUGCCAAGAUACGAGUACCUCAGGAGGGAGGGGAACUUCGAGCGCUCAGCCGGUCUGCAGAUUGGAGUGGACACGAUCGAGGACAGUCACAGCAUCGUGUUCCUCUGUGAUCUCCACAUCCACUUCCCUCUCAACAUCCUGGAAAGCAUCAGGAAGCACUGCGUGGAGGGACGCCUCGCUUUCGCUCCCAUUGUCAUGAGGCUCGGCUGCGGUAGCUCACCACAGGAGCCUGAUGGUUACUGGGAGGUGAACGGCUUCGGCCUGUUUGGAAUCUACAAGUCAGAUUUUGAUAAGAUUGGAGGGAUGAACACGGAGGAAUUCAAAGACCGCUGGGGAGGAGAGGACUGGGAGCUGCUGGACAGGGUUCUGCAGAGCGGCUUGGAGGUGGAGAGGCUACGCCUGAGGAACUUCUUCCACUACUACCACUCCAAAAGAGGCAUGUGGAAUGCCCAAAACAAGAAAACUCCUAAGGGAUAGCCCACGCCCUCCUCUUUUUCUUUUCUUUUCUUUUUUUUAAUAACCAGGUGGUCUUAAACCUACCUGCAGAUCCACUGUGUGUGUGAGAGAGAGACCUGUAGGAGCUCACACUGCCUGAACUCUGCCUACUUUUCUUUUUCUUUUUCUAAAAGGCUCGUUUCAGGGACUCCUGUGUUUGGUCCCGGGGCCCGUCCACAGUUUAUCUGAGGCCUCACUGACUCAACUCCUGCACAGAGAGAAAAGAGUUAUUUUUCUUCUCUUGCUCUCUGUCCUUUUUGGUGCAGUGUUUUCAGACUGGACUGGAAAGCAGCAGAGUGUGUGUGUGUGUGUGUGUGUGUGUGUGUGUGUGUGUGUGUGUGUGUGUGUGUGCGCGUGUGGCCGCUUGUGUGCGCUUACAAAAAGCAGCACCUUUUUUUUUCUAACAAGGAGACGUGAAGACAACAACAACCUAAGACCUUCUUCUUCUUCUUUUUUUAUUCUAACACUCUCUCGCGCGGGAGCCGAAUAGAAUGUGUGUCAAAAAUGUUUAAUCCGAUAGAUUCAGACACGGUGGCGUAGCUCGAGUAGAGAUGUUAAAGCAGUGAUUCUUCUAAAUACGUCAUCUCGUUGGAUUUCAUUAACCAGUGCGACCCGAGGUGCUGAACUUCUCCUUCUGACUGAUGCUAAACGCCACAGUGAGUUUUCAGAUCUGAACCGAUACCGAAAGAUACAUCACCUCCACCUCCAUGCAUCUCAGCUCGUUUCUUCUUCUUCUGUCCUUUUCAGCGCCAUGCCGACUUGUGUAUUUGUAUCUUCUUUUUUUUU